CACUGUUCUCUGACGCAGACCCAACUCCUUACGCUGCUUUAUCAGCAGAUAAAGCACAGAGCCAAUUCAAUACGCGGAGAAGAUUUUAUUAGUCAUAACCAAAGCCAUAUCUCCAUCUGGGUCCUUGAGUUUCAUGCUCAACCGCAUUACUCCAUUGAAGCUUUCUUUAUGUGCUUUGCCAUUUUGCUUAUUUUCCCAAUACAAAUUUUUUUCUGCUCUGUUCUGACCGAACUUGUUGGGGUCUCUGAUUUCGUUUUUAACAUCCCAUUUUCCUAUUGGGGUCUCUGAUUUCGUUUUUAAUAUCCCAUUUUCCUAUUGGGGUCUCUGAUUUCGUUUUUAAUAUCCCAUUUUCCUAUUGGGGUCUCUGAUUGUGUUGGGGUCUCUGACAUAUUUUUAACUCUGGGGCCGUUGGUGGGUGCCUUAGGACCAUGUGGGGCUUUAUUCUUUGUCUCCUAUGCAAAGGCACACGUUUAAUUGUUUUUGGGUCUGCGAACGUGAUCUUGGGGAUGGGUCUGUCUUAGAAGCCCUGCCACUGAACCGAGCAUGUCCUAUUGUUCUUUCUUUUAAGUUUUGUUUUGUACCAUCUUUUUCUUAAUACUUGAAUGCGUGAUGCACAAAAGGGUGUACUUUGGUUAGUCAGCUUAUGCUAACCAAAUUCCGGUUGUAGAGAGAGGAGGAGAAGAAAAAAAUGGGGUCUGGCAAUGGAAUUUACUCGGUGGGAGAGUUCAGUUUGGAUGCAAAGUGGCUGGUCGAUCCUAAGCAACUUCUUGUUGGACCUAAGAUUGGAGAGGGUGCGCAUUCAAAAGUUUACAAGGGACAAUAUAAAAGUCAACCAGUUGCUAUUAAAGUUGUCCAUAGAGGGGAGAGUCCGGAACAAAUUGCCAAGAGAGAAGCGCGGUUUGCCAGGGAGGUUGCAAUGCUAUCCAGAGUUCAACACAAGAAUCUAGUGAAGUUUAUAGGCGCGUGCAAGGAACCUGUCAUGGUGAUAGUCACUGAGCUUCUACUGGGUGGGACAUUGCGUAAGUACUUGCUGAACAUGCGGCCAAGGUGCUUGGAUAUGCAUGUGGUGGUUGGGUUUUCCCUUGAUAUUGCUCGUGCCAUGGAAUGCUUACACUCCCAUGGGAUCAUUCACCGGGAUCUGAAACCUGAAAACUUGAUGUUGACUGCCGACCAUAAAACAGUUAAACUUGCAGAUUUUGGUUUAGCUAGAGAAGAGUCAUUAAUAGAGAUGAUGACUGCUGAAACAGGGACAUAUCGUUGGAUGGCCCCAGAGCUUUACAGCACAGUCACGCUAAGGCACGGAGAUAAGAAGCAUUACAAUCACAAGGUGGACACCUACAGCUUCGCAAUAGUGCUGUGGGAGCUCAUCCACAAUAAAUUGCCUUUUGAAGGCAUGUCAAAUCUACAGGCAGCAUAUGCAGCCGCAUUUAAGAAUGUGAGGCCCAGUGCUGAAAACCUCCCUGAGGAUCUGGCUCUGAUCGUGACUUCAUGUUGGAAAGAGGACCCUAAUGCUCGGCCUAACUUCUGCCAAAUAAUACAGAUGCUCUUGCGCUAUCUCUCUAUCAUUUCACCACCAGAGCCUGUAGUCCCUCCUCGGAUAUACACGCCCGAGAAUACUGUGUUCCCCCCAGAAUCUCCUGGUACAAGCUCCUUAAUGGCUGGGAGAGGUGACUCGGAGGAAACCCCAAAUGCUGGCAUGGAAGACAAGCCUACAAGUUUUUUCAGUUGCUUUAGACAGUGUUACUGAUCGCAAGUUAUUGUUAAGCAAUCUCAAUAAGCUCGGAAAUAUUACAAGAUCCUGCAUCAUACUUCAUAAAGGAAAUGUUACUUUUGCUCAAAAUUAGUCAGUUUAGUUGACAUUAGAGGACUCAGUCAGAAGUCACAGUCAAAAGUUUCUUACUCCAUCCACGUCGAUUUCAGUUUGAUUGUACUGAUUUUUGGAGUCGGGGUUGCUGUGAUGUAAUCUCGUUAUGAAAUAAGGUCCAUCCAAAGGCCUUUACACCUCCUUUGUAUGCAAGAAAUCUUAUGGAGUAUGUAUUGACUGUUAACAUUCAGGUGGUAAUGAUAUGUAUGAUAUUUUAGUCAUUGUAAAA